AUGAACGCAAAGCACUUGGUCAUGAGUCUUCGAUGCAGUUUUCGAAUCUCUGCGUCUUCUCCACCACCACUUGCAUUGACCAUCAAGGCCAUCUGCAGGCGACUCACGAGGCCGUGCCACAGACACAGCGCUACCGCGCCGCUGCUGCUCUUGGGCCGAGACAACACGCGAGCGAGCAACGUGGCAAUGCAAUGCAGCGCGCUUUGGAACAUCACGAGCAUCGCUAUGGACUUUGGUUCGUGGACCGGCAACCGCUCCACGGGUGGCGGCGCACUCGACAUCAUCGCAGGUGGCCACGGCGUGCUGUUGUUGGUGAGGCUGAGCGACUCCAAGCUCUUCCCCACGACACUGGCAGGUGAAGAAUGCACGUUGUCGCAGGUCUCCGACUCGUCGUCGUCCACUUGCCACAUGCGCCGAACAAUGUCGCAGGUCCGGUCUCUCAGCACCACGCAAAUCGCCUCGUCGGAUCGGUCGAUUCUGUCGAGGAGCACCACCAGCACUUGCGUCACCAUGUCCUCCCACCACAACUUCCACGACGUCCGCAUCACGACUUUGCACGUGUCCAUCGUCAGCGGCGUCACCGCCGCGCAAAACGCAUUGAAGUCGGCUAUCGCCACCGCCACGAGGGCGUGCCACGUGUCGCCCGCGGCCGAGAGCACCGUUGCCAGCGAUUCAUCCCGGAAACAGACCACUAGUGGCCGCAUCACAAUGUCCACAAUCGCGUUUCGAAACAGCCACAGCGACGCAUAUACUGUACUUGUGAUGGCGGUGGCGACGGUGCUACUUGGCGGAUUCCUCUGGCGUCGAAAGAUGUUGACGACGGACCGCCAAUGCUGCAGACUCACGACCCGCACGCGACUGUCUUGGUGA